UGAGUAGAUGGAACAUCUUAAGAUGCUGAGACUAUUGUCCUAUUUGCUUGGCUUAUUAAUUUUUCCAAGUGUUCAAGGAGGAAUUGCGUCCAAUUCAAAGGAUCAGUCGUUGUGCGUUCUCCAAGAUGCACCCACACAAUGCGGCUCCUUUUGCCUGGCCACACUAAACCCUAUAUCUGAUAAUAUCCAAAAAAGGUUGGAUGAAAUCGAGGCAGGGCAGAGAGCCCUUAACGAUUCCUUUAAGAUGACCAUGACUAUCACAAAAGAAGACUUCGUGAAUUCCAUUCAGGCUCUGCAGAAUGCGAGAUUGGACAGAAUGGAGGAACUUAGGACGCUGACAAUAACAUCCGAUGCCAACGAUGAACUCAAAAGCCAAGUAAAUACCUUGAAAGACACCAUAAAAGACUUGCAGAGUCAGUUAGAAAUAUCCGAAGGUCAAACCAAAAGCAAAGAAGAUAUUUUAAAGGUGAAAGAGGAGGAUCUUAAAGUUAGAGAUGAACAAAUCUCGAUCCUUACAACUCAAAUUGAAGCCAUUGAGAAAAUAAAAUCAGAACUUUCUAGUCAGCGUUUUGAAUUGCGGAAUAUAGAUGACAAGUUAAAAAUAUCCGAGGGUCAAGUCAAAAUAAAAGAAGAUAUUUUUAAAGUGAAAGAGGGGCAAAUCAAAAGCCAGCAUGAACACCUUAAAAAUAGAGAUGAACAAAUCUCUGACCUUAGGACUCAAAUUAAUUCGAUUGAUAACAUAAAAUCAGAACUAUCUAGUCAGCUUUCUGAAUUGCAGAAAACUUAUGACAUUUUACCUGACUCUUGUCCCAGUGACAGUCCCAAUGGGAUUUACCAAAUAAAGCUUCCGGGUCUUGAACCCUUUGAAGUGCCAUGUGCGUCGUCUCCAAGUGGUUGGACUGUAAUUCAGAGACGCAUUGACGGAUCCGAGAACUUCGAGAGAAACUGGCAUGAUUAUAAAUCUGGAUUUGGGAAUAUCAGUGGAGAAUUCUUCAUCGGGCUGGAAAAAUUGCAUCGGAUGACUGAGGCACGACCCCACGAACUCUACAUUAAACUUGGGAUGGUUAAUGGAUCCACCAGCUACGCUCAUUACGAUGACUUUAAGAUUGGGAGUGAGGAGGAAUUGUACGAGUUGAAGAAUCUAGGGAAAUAUUCUGGUGAAGCCGGAGACUCACUCACAGAAAAUGAGCACCAAAAGUUCUCCACAAUUGAUCGGGAUAAUGACAAUGCCAUUUAUAUUAAUUGUGCCUUUUCAAAUGGUGCAUGGUGGCACAAUGCCUGUUCAUACAGUACGCUGAAUGGACAAUACUCCAAAUAUGGCGUAGGCGAAAUGGGAAUUCAUUGGAGCUCAUGGCAUAUCUACGAAGAGUUAUCACUAACGUUUGUUGAAAUGAUGAUAAGGCCCAAGCCCUUAUGA